AUGGCAAUGCAAAGUCCACUCGACUUCUCGGUUGAUCAGAAAUCCAAGAAUCUACAUCUUGACUAUGUCGACUCGAUCAACGAUGCCAAUGAAAAAGACCAGGCAGAUUACUCUGGGGCGACGGCCAAAACGGACCCCGCGGAAAUUCGUCUCGUUCGCAAACUAGACAUGAGAAUCAUGCCUAUCAUGUGGGCGAUGUACUUCUUGAAUUAUAUUGAUCGCAACGCUAUUGCCAAUGCGCGCUUGAAUGGCCUGGAAGAGGAUCUUGGGCUGGUCGGGACACAAUACAACACUUGCAUCUCCAUAUUGUUCGUCGGCUAUCUCUUGAUGCAGAUUCCCUCCAAUAUGCUCAUGUCAUCGAAAAAGGUGCGGCCGUCUUUGUACAUGAGCGUGUGCAUGGGUUGCUGGGCGGUCGUGUCUGCGUGUACCGCCUUGACCAAAAACUACGUCGGUUUGGUUGCCGUGCGAUUCUUCCUGGGAAUCACCGAGGCACCAUUUUACCCCGGCGCUCUAUUUCUCCUGUCACUGUUCUACACGCGAAAGGAGAUUGCGCUUCGAAUUUCUAUCCUCUACUCUGGAAACAUCAUUGCUACCGCUGUGGCCGGUCUAAUCGCCGCUGCUACCUUUGCGACUCUGGACCACAAGCAUGGCCUCAAAGGCUGGCAAUGGCUCUUCAUCAUCGAAGGCGCCGUCACGUUUGGAGUCGCUGGCCUUGGGGUCUUCAUGCUUCCCGAUCAUCCUCUGACUACCCGAUGGCUCACACCGGAAGAGCGACAGCUAGCUCACGAUCGCAUCGCACGAGACACCGUCGACAGUGAAGAAUCCAAAGGUGUUCUGGCAGGCUUGAAUCAAGCUAUUCGUGACCCACGUCUGUUCCUCUUGGCCUUCAUGCAAAACAUGCAUCUCAGCGCAUGCGGAUUCAACAAUUUCUUCCCCACGGUGGUUGGGAGCCUUGGGUUCGGCGACAUCAUAACUUUGGUACUCACCUGCCCUCCAUACAUCGUAUCCGGGAUCUGCUGCGUCGUCGUUGGAAUUACUUCUGGUCGAUAUAAUGAGCGUACCUGGCAUAUCACCUUCUCCAUGGGAAUGGCGGUGGUGGGAUACAUCAUCUCUUGCGUCACUUUGAACAAGGGAGGAAGAUACCUCUCCUGCUUCCUCUUCGCCAGCGGUGCAUACGCCGUGAACUCGGUGAUUUUGGGAUGGGUUUCUGCGACACUGGGUCAGACUCCCGAGAAGAAGGCCGCGUCUCUAUCCUUCAUCAACGUUGUUGCAAAUGCUUCAUAUAUCUAUACGGCUUAUCUCUACCCCAAAACCGACGGUCCGCGCUACUUGACUGCAAUGGCAUCAAAUACCGCAUUUGGAGUCGCAACCAUAGCCAGCACUUGGGUGUUGAGAUGGUGGCUACAGAGUACAAAUCGCAAGAUUCGCGCGGGAAGCAUACCAGGUGCAGAUACUGAGGUCCUAUACGCAUACUGA